AUGCCAUAUCUAAAAGGGGGUUUCCUUGGCGCGCUAAAACCAACCCACAUCAACAACAUCAAGUCAAGCUCACACGAGCUCCCCCAUCCUCCCACCCACACCAUCACAACCGCAACAAUGCCUCUAUUUCACCCUCGCCGUAUAGCAAUCCUGCUGUGCGUCGCAAUUGUCUGCGUCUAUGCCGAGAAACAUGCCGCCUCCAUUGCAUCCAUGAGCACCUCUGAAAUAGAGGAGAAGCUACAGGAAUGUCCUCUCGUCCAAGAUCUCAACACUUACAAACUCGCGACCUCUCCUCCAACAUCCUCCCUAACCUCCCGCAUCUUCUCCAUCCUCUUCCCCUCCACACCUGCCGUCAACGCCCUCCUCGCUACGCUCUACAUCUCCGGGCCUCCUAACUUCCUCCUCGCGCUCUGCCCGCCUAAUAUCGACCCGUCCUCUCUAUCUGUGAUGGUUGCAUUUGCAGUGGGCGGACUCCUGGGCGAUACCCUGUUCCACUUGUUGCCGGAGAUUUUCCUCGGUGAGGAUGCGGCGGAGGGAGUGAGGUUUGUCCUGGUGGAUGGGAAUAGGAAUUUGUUGUUGGGGGUGGCGAUCAUGGUGGGGUUUGUGACGUUCGUGGCGAUGGAUAAGGGGUUGAGGAUUGCGACUGGGGGAGCUGGCGGGCAUGAUCACUCGCAUGGACAUGAAGAGGUGGAGGUUGUGAGACCGGUGGAUAGUGGGAAGGGGAGUGCGCUUGAGAUUGAGGGGGAUUCGCCUGCUAAGGGGACGAGAGCGAGGAAGGGGAAGGGGACUGGGAAUGGGAUUGCAGGGAAGGAGUUGCAGGUUGUGAAGGAGAAGAAGGAGACUGAGAAGGAGAUCAAUGCUAGUGUGAAGCUGGCGGGGUAUUUGAACUUGAUCGCCGAUUUCACACACAACAUCACCGACGGCCUCGCCAUGUCCUCCUCCUUCUACGCGUCGCCCACAAUCGGAGCAACCACCACCGUCGCAGUCUUCUUCCACGAGAUCCCUCACGAAGUUGGCGAUUUCGCCCUGCUCAUCCAAUCCGGGUUCUCGAAACGUCAAGCAAUGGGCGCCCAGUUUCUGACUGCUCUCGGCGCAUUGCUAGGCACAGUGAUUGGAAUUGCUGUGCAGGAAUAUGGUGGGAGUGGAGCAGAGGGUGCGGGUGGCAGGUUUGAUGGGUUGAUGGGGACGAGUUUGACAUGGGGCGAUAUGCUGUUGCCGUUUACGGCGGGGACGUUCCUUUAUGUGGGGACUGUGGCGGUUAUUCCUGAGUUGUUGGAGACGGGGAAGGAUAGGGGGGUGGAGGUGAGGAAGACUUUGCAGCAGUUUGCGGCUAUGGCUGCGGGGGCGGGAAUUAUGCUUUAUAUUUCGUGGUCUUAG